AUGAGGAUCGCUGCUCCCCAUGGACUGAGCGACUAUUCACUGCAGAUGCCCAGUAGUCCGCCUAGGUCCAACGGGUCAACUGAGUUUGAUGAAGGCGACAGAGCAAAGAAGAGGAGAAAGGUUGGUAUGCUCCCUUCUUUCGCCGACGAUGACGAAAUGAGCCUGGUGGAGUUGCCCGGGAAAGAAAACAUCGACAAAAGAACACAAAAGCAAUCAUCGCUCGCCAUGCCGCCCCCAACGCUGCCCGAUGUCCAGACCAGUCUGAUGGUCGAGCAAGCUAGACUGUACGGCAAUGAAAAGAACGGCGGUUCUUCGGGGACAAAUUCUGCCACCGAUCAUCUUAGCCAGGAUCAGGGGCCCCAGGUUGCGCCAUGUGCCUUGAUACGGUCAAGCGGCUCUGCUACGAACAUCAACACGCAGAGAAAAGAAAGCAACUCGCAGGUUGCUCCCAAUGAGACAAACGCCAUUCAGAAACCACUCAGUCAAGUUGAAGCUCUGCCUCUCGUGGGCGAGAACCAGGCAAUACAGAAUAACGCUGCCCCCGUCAUCAAUAAUGGCUCUGAUGAAGAGUUUGUGGAACAACCGGCUAGACCGAAGAAGCAGCGCGGUCGACCAAGAAAAACUGCUGCUCCUGAUGUAUCACGGGCGGAAGCUGGAGCUGCCAUGGCAACGGAUCCCGCCGAUCCGCCCCAGACCGCAAGCAGUAAGAAGUUAACAAAACCAAAGAAGAAACGAGGCAGGCCGAAGAAAUCGGGUCGCCAGGACACUAAGGCAGAGCGGGCUGCAGCGGAUGUUCCCGUCAUCGGUGAUCCUGCUCCGGAACUUAACGCAGCAUUCCAUGAGAAGCCGGAGUUUGAGCAUCACACUGCAACUGAGCACGUGGAUGCGGGCACGGUGGCUCCGGCCAAUCCAGACGUACAAGGUGCUACCAAAGAAGCUGUCGCACCACGCAAUGACCUGGAGAAUAAAGAUGCAGACAUCAAAGACAAAAGCCUCUUAGAUGCCGAGGUCAAACGCAUGACGCCCCAGAAGCAGGAGACCCCCCAGGAAAAGAAAGAGGCUGCCAGAGCGAAGCCAGUACCUGGCCCUCAGAGCACAGGGAAACCGAUCUACAGAGUUGGACUGAGCAAGCGGUCAAGGAUAGCUCCUCUGUUGAAAGUUGUGCGAAAGGAGUGA